AACUCGCCUUCUCUCUUCGCCACCACCGUCUUCCUCGCCCCGCCAGCCGCCUUCGACCUUCCAAUGCGCCCCCACGCCGCCUUCCCCGUACUUCUCGCCUGGGCGCUCGCCGCCACCGCGCGCCCGAUCGCAAGAGAGUAAGUCAGCGACGGCGACUCGGACGACGGCACGCCGCCCUCGCCAGAGAGCAGCGGCUGGGUCAUCGCCGUGGUGAUUGUCAUCGUAUUCGUGAUCCUCGCCGUCGUCGCCACCGUCGUCUGGGUCAGCAUCCGCCAGCGCAGGCGGAGAAAGGAGCGUGCGCAGCGCGCCAUCGCUCGCACCACACGGGAAGCACGGCGGCGGCAGUCAAGGCGACCCGAGUCGCCCGCCUCGUCGACCUCCUCGGACGAGUCUGUAGUGCUCGAGUCCCUACCGGCCGACGACGUGAAGGCCAAGCCUCCCAAGAACGACCCCAAGUCUAGCCCGGGCAGCGGAUCCUCCGACGGACACGGAACGAAACCACAAUGGUGACUUGCGCUCGGACCGACGAUACCUACAUGAACUCUACCUGCACCGCGUCCCAGCGCUGCCCCACGCCAGCUGCGCGUCCGGCCUGGAUAGCCGCUAGUCCAGCACG